AUGGCAUCAGAAUCCGUGAAGGUGGUCGUCAGAUGUCGACCGCUGAAUGAAAGGGAGAAAGUGUUGAACUGUAAGACGGUCAUCUCGACUGACAGUAGCUGCUGUCAGUGUUUCAUUGAGAAACCCGGAGCCACCGAAGAGCCGCCGAAACAAUUCACAUUUGAUGGGACUUAUUAUAUCAACCAUUCCACUGAGCAGAUGUACAACGAAAUCGCAUAUCCUCUGGUGGAGGGUGUAACAGAGGGCUACAAUGGGACAAUUUUUGCUUAUGGACAAACAGGAAGUGGCAAGUCGUUUACCAUGCAAGGUGUUCUGGAUCCUCCUGCCCAGAGGGGAAUCAUCCCUCGAGCUUUUGAACACAUCUUUGAGACAAUCCAGUGUGCAGAGAACACAAAAUUUCUUGUGCGAGCCUCAUACCUGGAAAUUUACAAGGAGGAAAUAAGGGACCUUUUAGGAAUUGACAGCAAACUGAAGAUGGAGUUGAAGGAGCAUCCUGAACGUGGCGUGUAUGUACGAGAUCUCUCCAUGCAUACGGUGCACAGCGUUGGGGAAUGUGAGCAAAUAAUGGAGCAGGGUUGGAAGAAUCGCUCCGUGGGCUACACACUCAUGAACAAAGAUUCCUCUCGCUCACACUCCAUAUUCACCAUUCACCUGGAAAUCUGUAACACAGAUGCUGCUGAUGAAGAACAUCUGCGAGCUGGCAAGCUCAAUCUCGUUGACCUCGCAGGAAGUGAGCGGCAGUCAAAAACUGGAGCGACUGGAGACCGCCUACAGGAAGCUACCAAAAUCAACUUAUCCCUUUCAGCCCUUGGCAAUGUCAUAUCAGCUCUGGUGGACGGUCGCUCCAAACACAUCCCGUACCGGGACUCCAAGCUCACGCGUCUGCUUCAGGACUCGCUGGGCGGUAACACGCGGACACUCAUGGUGGCCUGCCUCUCACCUGCCGACAACAAUUACGAAGAGAGCAUCAGCACUCUACGUUAUGCCAACCGCGCCAAAAGCAUCCAGAACCGGCCCCGCAUCAACGAGGACCCUAAAGAUGCCCUCCUGCGUGAAUAUCAGGAGGAAAUCAAGAAGUUACGGGCGUUAAUCUCUGGGAAGCUGGGCUCUGACAACCUUGCCUCACUCUUGCAAGGUCAAAGGUCAGGAGAUUUUGCAGUGGUUCCCUCUCGACCCCAGAGCAAUGCGUCAGAGAGCAAGGAAGAGAAAGACAAGAUAAAGGAGGAAUACGAGAAGAAAUUGGCCAGGCUGCAGGCUGAGUACGAUGCAGAGCAGGAGUCCAAAGCCAAACUCCAGGCAGACAUUGCUGCCUUGAGGACAUCAUACGAGACCAGACUCUCUUCUCUGGAAAAGUCCAAAGCCAGCCGAACCCGUAACACUGGUGGAUCUCAUGUGGAACAACACAAAGAAAAUGUUACAGAUACACCAGACCAACAGGCCAGUGUUGAACUUGUAUUCAUGGACAGUUCUGCCAUUGUCAAAGAAAGUCCCAGUGGAGAGAAUUCUGCUUUAGAUACAGUUGUGGAUUCCACACCGGGUCAACUGGACCAGAGGCAUGUUUUAGAGAGGCUGAAGCAGUUGGAGCAGGAGUUUGUGGGAGGAGAACAGGUGAGGAACGAAGAACUGAAGCAGAGACACAGACAGAGGAAGACUCUAGCUGACCAGAGGAAGAAGCAGCUGAUUGAAGCUCUGAAUCAGAACAGCGAGGAGGGGGACAGCGUGCUGCUCAACGUGUAUGAUUCCAUUCAGGAGGAAGUUCACGUCAAGAACAGACACCUGGAGAACACACAGAAUAAGCUAAAAGCUGCGAAGUUGGAGAUCAGGGAUCUUCAGGCAGAGUUUGCAAUGGAGAAAGACGACUAUCUAGCCACCAUCCGGCGUCUGGAGCGGGAAGGCCAGCUCCUCCAAGGGAUUCUGGAGCGCAUGGCACCCCUGGUGCGCAGGGACUGUAACUAUAGCAACCUGGACCGGCUGCGGAAGGAGGCAGUUUGGGAUGAGGAGGGAGGAACCUGGAGACUGCCAGAGGUCAUAGUGCAGAAAACUACCUUACCUGCAGUGCCUUCUACAGUUGCAAGUGCACCCGGUGGACUUACAGCUCACAGGAAUUCUGCUUCAGAUCUGGGCGACCCAUUUGAGGAAGAGAGGGAGGAUCGCUACAAGGAAAUGUUGAAUCGCAGUGAUAGCGAACAUAUCGCCACUAACUACUUCAAGCUAAAACGGACAAGUCAGCUGUUGGCUGGUGAUUCUAUUAAAAACACAAUGAGUCACUCUGGUCCAAUCGGUAAUGAUCCGGCUCACCAGACCUCCAGUGGAUCCAGUUUGUCCCCUUUAUCCGUGGAAUCUCUUAUGCCGCGUCCCUUCCGUUUGGAAUCCCUUGGAGUACUGCCUGCAAACGGCAAAGUAAAACGAAAGAAGAGCAAGAUGCUCAUCUCAACUGAGAGCAACUGA